AUGAUUACAGGAGUGUGGAAGGAUAUCAGUGGCAUUGAAAGGGUAUUAGACAAGUUGGGUAUCAAACUUCAAGAGAAACUAAAAGCCAAAGUGGGAAAUGGGUUAACCACUCGGUUUUGGAGAGACAUCUGGAUCACCGAUCAGCCCCUAUUAAAACGGUUCCCCGAUCUGUUUAAUCUGGCAAAGAGAAAGAACGACAGUGUUGCCUCCUACUUGCAGAGCCCGGUUACUAACGGUUUUUGGAGUUGGGAUUGGGUUAGAGCCCCGGAGUCGCCAUCGGAAUGGUCCAGUUUUGCAACGCUCAUGGCAAUGCUGCAACAGGUUGUUUUCAGUGGUGGUAAAGACUGCUGGGCAUGGCAAAAUGAUGCUGGGAAUCCUCUCGAAGUUAAAACAGUUAGAAUGGAGAUUAUGGCUAAAGAGAUUGAGCAGGAGGGGGGUGAUCAGGCUCCGGGUUACUGGAAUAGUUGGGCAACCCCGAAGUCCAAUUAUCUCCUUUGGAGAGCCCUCCUCGGUAAAGUCGCCUCUAAAGUGGGUCUUCAGAAGAGAGGUUUUUGGUGGAAUGUGUUCAUAUGGAUUAAAGUCCCUUUACCUCAAGACAUGUCCAAACUGGGGAAUAUUUUCACCGUUUUGCAUAACAGCCCGGGUUGUAGACGGUGGAAGAAGCUCGUGAUGAUGAUAGCUACUGCGACGGUGUGGAAAAUCUGGCAUGCUCGAAACACUAAAACUUUUGAUGGCAUCUUUAUUCCAAUCAGAAAGAUGGUUGAUCAGUUAAAGGAGGAGACCUAUUUGUGGAUAUGUCAUCGCGCCAAGAUUCAAGUUCCGAAAUGGGAAGACUGGCUAGAUUUUAAUGUGACGAAUGCUUUGUAA